AUGGACCAGAAGAGUUUAGAAGUUCCCAGUGAUCAGUCUGCCCAGUGGUAUAAAACAAACAUGGACUCCAUAUUUAUGCUGCUGGAGGAGAACAUAGUCAAUUUUGUGAACAACGAGCUUAAGAAGAUCCAGCAGGUUCUGAAUCCAGACUACCCAGAAUGCUUAGACAGUCAGGGGGAGGAAGAUGAGAUGUUGGACAGUGAGGAUGAAGAUCUGACUACGACCGGCAGAGAGGCUUUUCUGGAGAUCACACUGCACUUCCUGAGGAGAAUGAAGCAGGAGGAUCUGGCUGACCGUCUGCAGAGCAGAUAUCAUCUUACAGUUUGUCAGCAUAAACUUAAAUCUAAACUGAAGAAGAAGUUCCAGUGUGUGUUUGAGGGGAUCGCUAAAGCAGGAACCCCGACCCUCCUGAAUCAGAUCUACACAGAGCUCUACAUCACAGAGGGAGGGACUGCAGAGCUCAAUGAUGAACAUGAGGUCAGACAGAUUGAAGCAGCAUCCAGGAAACCAGACAGACCAGAAACAACCAUCAGACAAGAAGACGUCUUUAAAGGCUCACCUGGACAAGACCAACCGAUCAGAACAGUGAUGACAAAGGGAGUGACUGGCAUCGGGAAAACGGUCCUAACACAGAAGUUCACUCUGGACUGGGCUGAAGACAAAGCCAACCGGGACAUCCAGUUCACGUUUCCAUUCACGUUCAGAGAGCUGAAUGUGCUGAAAGAGAAAAAGUACAGCUUGGUGGAGCUUGUUCAUCACUUCUUUACUGAAACCAAAGAAGCAGGAAUCUGCAGGUUUGAAGACUUCCAGGUC